UCGGCUUCAAGUGCGCAGCUGCUGUCUCCAUUUUUCCCUCGCCGGGGAAGCGGAUGGCGGGCGUCGGCGCCAUGGAGACGGAUGAUGCAGGAAACCGAGUUCGGUUCCAGCUGGAGCUGGAAUUUGUGCAGUGCCUCGCAAACCCCAAUUACCUAAACUUUCUUGCCCAGAGAGGAUACUUCAAAGACAAAGCAUUUGUGAACUAUAUAAAGUACCUGCUGUACUGGAAGGAACCAGAAUAUGCCAAAUACUUAAAGUACCCUCAAUGUUUACACAUGCUGGAGCUGCUCCAGUACGAACACUUCCGGAAAGAACUGGUGAAUGCCCAGUGUGCCAAGUUCAUUGAUGAGCAGCAGAUUCUCCACUGGCAGCACUAUUCCCGCAAGCGGAUGCGCCUUCAGCAGGCCCUGGCGGACCAGCAGCAGCAACAGAAUAGUGCCUCCAUCAAAUGAGCCCCUUGGCUGGUUACAAAAGCAGGCUGGAUUCUUUUCCAUGGACAGGUGGUUUCCCUUCCACUUCCUGCUACAUCAGGGAAAGGCAGCCGACAGGAGCUCGUCAGCUUAAUAGAGUCUGGACUGCUGGCUUCGAUCUAUGUAUAUAAGGUGCAGUUACAAAAGGUGCUUAGACCGUAGCUAUUUAAAAUGGUAUAGCAGAAUGGUACAGCAGAAGGGGGUGGAGAAGGAAUGUGAUUUUUUGAAGCAGAGACGGCUUUUACAGGUUUUUUCAAUAUGCUUAUUUUGUUAGUGGUGGUAGAUCACAACUGGGAAAACUUACUGGCUUUGCAUUAUUAAAUCCAUAGGAAAAUAAAGAGGUCUACUUUGGGGUACAUCUUCCUGUAACGCACACUGAUAUUGUACUCAAAACAGUUCUGAGAUCCAGCUGGAUUGAACGUCCUGGCUUCAGAAAUGUCUCUUGUUGAUCUGUCAGAUUCACAGGGGGAAAAUGGUCAUGGGAUAGUCAAGAAGAAACUAUGUGCAGUCUCUUUCCCAUGCUUUCCCCCUUACAGAACUUCAGUUUGUGAACUAACUUAGUCAGAAAUGCUGUUUCCUGGUGCCAUUUUGGCAGCUUGAAUAAUUUUCUGCCUAAACCAGUUUCUUUGCAGGGAGGGCCCCUGCUUGAUGCAAUAUAAAUGUGAAAGGAAAGCAGAUGUGCUAAUGUUGAGUGAACACCCAAGCAGCCAGAGAUAAGCAACUUACCAGUGGUUGGUUUUUUCAUGACGUGGCUGAUGAUUUAAAUAAAUUAAAGCCUUUCUCAA